CAGCGGCCUUUUACCACGUGAUCAGCCGUGUCCAAUGACACGCUGAUCACGGGGAAAUGCAAUUGCCAGUUCUCGGCUGCACUUUCCUCACGCUGUCAGAGCAGCAGGGAUCAGCACCGAUUAUCAGUGCCCUGAUGAUCGGUGCCCAGCAGUGCCACCUACCUUUGCCCAGAAGUGCCAUCUACCUGUGCCCAGCAGUGCACCCACCUGUGCCAUCCACCUGUGCCCACCAGUGCCACCCACCUGUGCCCGUCAGUGCAGCCCAGCAGUGCUGCCAGUCAGUGCCCUGCGGUUGUGCCAGUCAGUGUCCAGCAGUUGCGCCAGUCAGUGCCCAGCAGUGA